CAUGUUGACGUCAUAUAAUUUCUCGCAUUAGCUGUUAUGGGAAUCGUCUGUUUUCAGGAUUUGAUAUGAAAGAAAAUUUUUUCAGAGUUGUGUUUGUUAUUUUUUAAAUGUGUAUUUGAAUGUGGUUGCUCAAAAAUAGGUAACGCUUAAAAUGGACAUCGACAGAGAUUUAGAUGCUGGCUUAUUACAGCAAUUUAGUUGUCUUGGAACUACGGAUAGGGAUGUCCUCAUAUCGCAGCUACAAAAACUUUUGGGAAAUCAACUUAAUCCUGCGGGAUGUGCAUUUUUCUUGGAUAUGAAUAAUUGGAAUUUGCAAGCUGCAGUAUGCUCGUACUUUGAUUUUGAUUCCCCUAAAGACAAGUUACCAAAAAUGGCUUUUGUUAGAGAUGUAACCAUAGGUGAAGGUGAAGCUGUACCACCAAAUAUGAAGUUUAUAAAAACAUGGAAGAUACAAAAUCCAAGUGAUGAAAGGUGGCCUCCCGGAUGCUGCUUACGAUUUACUGCAGGUGAUCAAUUAGGCCAUGUAGAACGUGUUAUUGUAGAUGCAUUAGAACCUUAUGAAAUGACCGAUGUGUCAAUAGAAAUGAUUAGUCCUGAAGCUCCAGGUAUUUAUCAAGGUCAGUGGAGAAUGAGUACAGCUACUGGACAGUUUUUUGGUGAGGUGAUAUGGGUGAUAGUCACUGUAGCAGAAGGAGGCUUGCUAAGCUUAACUCAACAAAUGGAUGCUUUUCAUCAGUUAGGAUCUCCCCCUAAAACCUCACAUGUAGUAAAUCCCUUUGGUCCAUCGAAUGCUAAAUUUGAAGGCCCUGGUACCAUGGAAACAUCACUUGAUUCCCAAACAACACCUCAUAUAUCCACUACAAUUGGAGAAAACUCAUAUUGUCAUGAAAAUAGUAUAUCUACUGUCAUAGAAAACCAUCAGGAUCUUCAACAACAGUUCCUCAUCUCGCCAAAUGCUACUACACAUAAUUUUGUAAAUACUGACUCAUCCAACGAAGAAAUGAUUUCUUAAGUUGUUAUGUGCUUAAAGAUUCAUGUUUUGCAUUGCCCCUUCAUUGAAUCAAAUACAAAUAUUGAUUGAAAGUUAAAUGUUUUAUCCUUUUCUUGGAAAGAAUUUUAUUCCUUUCAUUCUAUUGAAUCACAUUAAUAUGGUUUAAGUGUUUUCAGUUCUUGAACAUCUCAAUUAUUUUUGGAGUAAUGAAACUGAUUAAAUAUGUAAUGUCUGUACAUUGUUUAUAUGCCAAAAUAAAAAUGCUGUGUGCAAGUUUGCAAUUUGAAAAAAUUUAUUCUAGGUAUAAGUAAAAACUACUAUUUUAAUUUAUGAAAUAGUUAAUUUUUUUGUAUUGUUUAAAUUCUGCUGUAAUUUCUUCAUAAAUUUCUAAAGAGCAUAUAAAUACAUUAUUUAAAACAUAUAAAUUGCUAAGAUAUUUUUUUUUUAUCUAUUCCACUUUAUUUUGAGACUAUAUGUCUCAUGCUAAAAUUUUAUUGUGUGCUAAAUAUUUCAGUUGUUCAUAGGAAAAAAAAAAAAGAAAGAAAAAAAGAAAUUUUGUAAUAAUUCAUAUUGAGAUUUGUUAACAAUUUAUAGGCAAAGAAUCUUUUUCUCAGAUUAGAAUUUUAGAUUACCUAGUUAAUCCUUUUUUCCCCCUUAUUGUAGUUUUAAUGGUGUAAAAUGAAUAUUCUCAAUAUUAUAGCAUUUAAUAUUCUUUGAAAUUGUGUGCAGACAUUAACAUUUUUCAGAAUGAAAGAAUAUUUAAAUUUACGCUUUUAACUUGACCGAAGUAAUACUCAUGUAUCAUAGUGAUUGUGAUCAAAAAAUAUUAUUAAUUUUGAUUAAGGAAUUGUGAUUUUUCCAGCUACUCUGAAUUGUUAAAACAGGUUAAUGAAAUUUUCAUUUCUAAAAUGUGGUUAUCUUACAUUGUUUAUACUACAAGUCGUCAUGGUUCCCAUUGAACUUUAAAAUUGUAGGAAUUCUAUUUUCCAGCAAUAAACAUUUUAAAAAAAAACUUAGAAUUUUAUUUUUCAGAUUAUAUAUUCCUAGACAAUUUGAUGCAAAUUAUUAUCAUUCAGCAAUAUAAAAAAUAUCUAGAAGGAAUUGGGUAGUAGUUGUUUACUUUCUCUCUCUCUCUCUCUUUUUUUAAAUAAAAUCUUUGCAUUUUAAUUUUUCUAACUUAUGAAUAUAACUUUUUUCCUUGGACCUCAUUAGUUUUAUCUACUUGCACUUCUGCUGAAUUAUCUGUGAUUAAAAUGAUCAAAGAUUAAUUUUUUUUAUUUACAGCAUUGUGUUUUUUAAACAUAUUUCUAUAGAUUUUGACUGUUCAAUAUGUUCUUGUUUUGAAAGCAUGACAUGACUUUUCUUUAUUUUGAUAUGUACAUUUUGUGAGGGAACAAUUUGCAUUUUAAAUGCAUCAGUGUCUCAUCAACUUAUCAUAGCCCACUGAUUUUUUCUUAUCCAUCUAGUUGCCUAUUUGGUAACAUAAUUUACAUGAUCUUCAAAGUUGUUAGCCUUGUUUUAUAUUAUAAUAGUUCAUUAUAUUAAGUAUAUGGUAACAAUAAUUAUAACAAUAAAAGAAAAAAAUAUUUCUGCUGAAUGCAAAUUGGAAUCUGUUGGGCAUUUACGCUCAUGUAAAUACAAAAUACCUUUAGUUAAAACAAUUUGACCUAAUUAUAUUCAUAAUUCUGUUGUAAAAAGUAUGGAAUGGGAACCAUGACAGAUUUUAGUUAUUUUUCUUUCUAAGACUCUACUAAAUAGUGAUAUUUUGUAUUUUAUUUUCAAAGCUACUUAAUGUAUUUAUAGCUUUGGGUUCAUAAUAUAUUUAUAAAUUUAGAAUAUUUUUGAUUUCUACAUUAAUUACCCUCUUUUUCCAUCUUUUAAUUUGUUCAAAAUACUAAUAAUUUGUAUUUAUAAUUAUUAAAUUAAUAGCUGCAGAUUUUUAUUUUGAUUCAAUUGAAUUAUUACAAGUUUAUAAAAGCAAUUUGGAAUUAUCUGGAAAAAUUUUAUAUAAUUAUUUACACUAUUAUUGUUUUAUUAGAUUUUAAUUUUAGCAAUAAUUUUGAAUUUGUUUGAAUAUAUUCUUGUUAAUAGAAGCUGAUGAGGAACCACAAUUAUGCUCUUGUCUUUCAAAUGACAGUCAUUUCUUAUAUAUAUAAGGAUAUAUUUGUACAUAUAUCUAAUACUAUAACUAGUGGUGCACAACCAUUUCAAAUUGUAAAAAAUACAUAUAUAUCUGUAAAAUUGAUACUGCAGUGCAAGAUAUGAAGAUUUGAAUGAAUGUUGAAAAUUUGUGAGUAUUACAUCAGUUAUAUAUGUACAUAUUUUUAAAAAAUGUGUGCUUUUUCCUUUAAAAGAAUUAUGUUUGUAUUUUAGAAUUUGUGUUAAGUUUAAGUGAUUUUUUUAUGUUAUGUGGAUACAAUCACCUGAAUUUAAACUAUUAUCCCCCCCCCUAUUUUGUGGUUUAUUUUUUCUUUGGAAAUAUUUUUAUUAAAGAACACUUACUAAUUAAAAAAAAAUAUGUAUAUAGAGAAUUUUCUAUUUUGACAUAUAAGUAUAAAGUGCCAUAUGUAUUUAUAUAAAAUAGUAUGUCAUUUAAACUUUUUAAAAAAUUAACCAUCACAUCGAAGGGUAGAAGGAAUUUCCCAUUUCUAUUUUUUGAAAUUAUUAAAAAAUUUCAGAGUGCAUUAUCAAUUUAUGUGCACAAUACUGUUUAGACAAUGUAACACACUUAAUCCAUUAAUAAUGCAAUUAGUUUCUUUUGUCAGUGUUCUAAAAAUUGAGUAAUUUUUAAUUUUGUGAAGUUUAUAUUUGUCUCCUGUGCAAAUUAUUUUGCAUGUGAUACAUUUUGUAAAAUAUUUAAUAGCUUUUGUAUAUAAUAGAUUAUAUCUUAACUCUUAGCUUCCAUUUUUAUCUCAACUAGCAUAAAAGGUCUUCAUCAUUAUAAAAUGUAAAAAAUUUAAAAAUACACAUAACUGGAUAUAUUUUAUUAUCUUCCAAUGAAAUUUUUUUUCAAUCGUUCGAUAAUUUUUUGAAAUUUUAAAUCCAUGCAUGAAAUACAACAUUCUUAUGAUGCAUUUUACUGGUGCCUUAAUGUGUGACAAAUAAAUUAUAUGUUGAAUGAUAACUUAUUGCAAAAAUAUAGAAAAAAUGUUUUCUUAAGUUCCUAAGUUUAUUAAAAAAAAAUGUCCUUAAUAUUUGAUUAUUAAUUUGGGAGAGGUUGUUUUAUGUUGUGAACUUUAGCCAUGUAACAAACUACAUUAGAAAAAAAGUAAUUACUUCAUUUUUUUGUUUUGUGAAGUGCUUGUAUCAAAUUUCUUUUCUGAUGAAGCAAUUUUAUUUGUUUGAUCUCUUAAAGUUAGAUGUGGUUGUGCCCACAGUUGUGUAUUUUUAAAAUUUGCAUACAAGCAUGAAUGAGUCAUAUGUCAAACUGUAAAAAUAUUCCAUCAGCUCGCCUAUAGAAGAGUGCUUGAAAGCUGAUGAAUUUUUUAAUGCAACUUCUAAAUGAUGACAAGUGGAAUUUUUUAUGUGAUUUUAUUUUUUGUGUGAAGUUUUUAUUAGUACAAAUAUUAGUGCUUGAUAAUAGAUGUGCUUGAAUUUCAGUAUGCAGAAAGUAUUUCGUGAAGGAUAAGUUCCCAAAUGGCAUUCAGUAUUUUCCCUUGUAAUUGUUUUUCCUAAAUAUGUGGAUAAGCGUUGUUGGAUUUUUUUUUUUUGGUUCCUUAAUAACUGAAGUUGAAAUGUAGAUUUUGCUUUACCACCAUUUAACGAUUAAUCAUCUCUAAACAAUCAUGUUUUGUAGAGUUUUAGUAAUUUAACAACUUUUAAACUGCCUUUCCCUUAGUAAAAAACUGUUAAAGCUAUUUCUGUGAGCAACAGAACUGAUUUUCCAUGUUUUAUGUUAGAUUUUAAAAGUUAUGACUUUUGAAACUGUUCAUUUGUAGCUCUAUUAAACUUGAAAAUUGUAUUGAAAGUGUCAUGUACUUUUUUUUUAAUCUCCUAAUUUUGGAUCUGUUGGAAACCUUGGGAUUCCAACUUACCAGAUAAUAUUUCAUUAUAAAGAUUUUUGUUACAAAUUUCAUAUUUUUGAAUCCAUCUUAGUAAAGUUUAAGAAUAUCUGAUUAAAAUGUAUCAAUUUCUUUUCUAAUCUUAUUUUAAUUCCCUUCUUAUUUGGAUAUUUUUUUUAAAAAUCCAUUGAUAAUAAUUUCACUCUCUUUUAGGUAUCAAAAUAAACCUUUAAGAAGGGAAAUUAAUGAUGUUUUGAUUUCAGUUUAGUUAUAAUUAAACUUUUAAAAAUCCAAUCCCUACCUCACAGAUGCCUGUGUCUAAAGUUAUUAGUUUUUAUUCCUCUUUCUUUAUUUAUUUUUAUACACAGAUUUUUAAUUGUAUGACAUUACAUUUGCUUAGUACAAAAUGGAUUUAAUAUAGUCAGCGAAAUUUCAUCUAAAAUUAUGAAUGAUGAUCUGAAAUUGCACAUAGGAUUCUUCUCCGGAUUUCACUUUGUUCUCUAGUUCUAAGUACAUAUGUUCACUAUGUUCAAAAAUAUAAUCUUAAUCAAAUGUUAAAGACAUUUUGGGAAAAAUUUGGGGGAUGCUUUUGAAAUAUACCAAAAUAAAUACAUUUUAGAUAUUUAAGUUUAAGAUUGACAUUAUGGAAAAUAAAAAAAAAUAUUUAUAAUCUGUAAGAUAGUCUUGUCUAAUGUGAGGUUUAUAAGAAUUAUAUUUAAUGAAAGAUUAAGUAUGUAACAUUAAUUGGAAAUAAUUAUUCAAUCAUAAUUUUUUUUUUU